AGCCGCUUCCCUCACCACAGGAGGAUGGAGGUCCUGCAGCUCCUGCGCCUGCUCCUCACCACCGCCAUGCUGGGCCUCUCCCAGACGGUGAACCCCUUUGUGGCCCAGCAGACCCCCCCAGACCCUUGCUACGAUGAGAGUGGUGCUCCUCGCCGCUGCAUCCCUGAAUUUGUCAACGCUGCCUUCGGGAAGGAGGUUCAAGCCUCCAGCACGUGCGGGAAGCCCCCGACACGGCACUGCAAUGCUUCAGACCCCCGCCGAGCCCACCCGCCUGCCUACCUGACUGACCUCAACACUGCCUCCAACAUGACAUGCUGGCGCUCGGAGACCCUCCACCACUCACCCCAGAAUGUCACCCUCACCCUCUCUCUUGGCAAGAAGUUCGAGGUGGUCUAUGUCAGCCUCCAGUUCUGCUCGCCCCGGCCUGAGUCCACUGCCAUCCUCAAGUCCAUGGACUAUGGCAAGACCUGGGUGCCCUACCAGUACUACUCCUCCCAGUGCCGUAAGAUCUAUGGCAAGCCCAGCAAAGCCACUGUCACCAAGCAGAAUGAGCAGGAGGCCCUCUGCACCGACGGCCUCACCGACCUCUACCCCCUCACCGGAGGGCUCAUCGCCUUCAGCACCCUUGACGGGCGACCCUCCGCCCAGGACUUUGACAGCAGCCCUGUGCUCCAAGACUGGGUGACAGCCACCGACAUCCGUGUGGUCUUCAGCCGCCCACAUCUCUUCCGCGACCUGGGCAGCCGAGACACCGGUGAGGAGGAGGGGGGCACUAGCUCAACCCCCUAUUAUUAUGCAGUGGGGGAGCUGCAGGUUGGCGGGCGCUGCAAGUGCAAUGGGCACGCGGCACGCUGCGUGAAGGACAAGGAGCAGAAGCUGGUGUGUGACUGCAAGCACAACACAGAGGGUCCUGAGUGCGAUCGCUGCAAGCCCUUCCACUAUGACCGACCCUGGCAGCGGGCCAGUGCCCGUGAGGCCAAUGAAUGUCUGGCCUGCAACUGCAACCUGCACGCUCGGCGCUGCCGCUUCAACAUGGAGCUGUACAAGCUCUCGGGCAGGAAGAGCGGUGGCGUCUGCCUCAACUGCCGACACAACACUGCAGGGCGGCACUGCCACUACUGCAAGGAGGGCUUCUACCGCGACCUCAGCAAGUCCAUCACAGACCGCAAGGCCUGCAAAGCCUGUGACUGCCACCCCGUUGGCGCAGCUGGCAAGACCUGCAACCAAACGACUGGGCAGUGCCCGUGCAAGGAUGGCGUGACCGGCCUCACCUGCAACCGCUGUGCUAAGGGCUACCAGCAGAGCCGCUCUCCGGUGGCCCCCUGCAUCAAGAUCCCUGCCAUCAAUCCCACCUCCCUGGUGACCAGCACGGAAGCGCCUGCAGAUUGUGACUCCUACUGUAAGCCAGCCAAGGGCAACUACAAGAUUAACAUGAAGAAGUAUUGCAAGAAGGACUAUGUGGUCCAGGUGAACAUUCUGGAAAUGGAGACAGUGGCCAACUGGGCCAAGUUCACCAUCAACAUCCUCUCUGUCUACAAGUGCCGUGAUGAGCGGGUCAAGCGUGGUGACAACUUCUUGUGGAUCCACUUGAAAGACCUGUCCUGCAAGUGCCCCAAGAUCCAGAUUAGCAAGAAGUACUUGGUUAUGGGUAUCAGUGAAAACUCCACUGACCGGCCAGGACUGAUGGCUGACAAAAACAGCCUGGUCAUCCAGUGGCGGGACGCCUGGACACGCCGCCUUCGGAAACUGCAGCGACGGGAAAAGAAGGGGAAAUGUGUGAAGCCCUGAGGGGCUUCCGCCCAUCCCAUCCCACCCUGUGCUCAGCCCCAGCCCGGCUGUGCGUUACCAGACUACGCCCAGAGACUCUGUACAUAUAUAUAGUGUGAAUGGACUCUUUUGUCUAUAGUGUAUAUUUUGGCAAUGGUUUCCCUUUGUGUGUGUGUGUGUGUACGCACAUGGGUGUGCAUGUGGGUCUUUUUCUCUAAGUGUGUAUUAAAAAUAACACAGUAAUGACAAACCUUUAAUGAGGAGCAAAGCGGACCGAGAUCCUGUGGGUGCCUGUCGCCUGAAGGAGCUUGAAGGGGAUUGGUGUCCUGCUCCGGGCAUGCUGUUUGUAAUACUUGUUUUCUAGGCUUUUCUUUUACCUUUAACAAAGUCUUCUGCCAGGUAUUGACAUCUGAGUUGGCAGCUCUCCUUUCUCCAGCAUCCAGGGCAUCUUCCUCACUCUCUGAAAAUGUGCUGCUGUCAGACCUCUCUGCCCUUCUCCUUACCCACUGGGAACAGGAGAUCAGAGUCUUCUGUCCUUCAUCCCAAAGUGCAUGCGGGCAGGCUGAGUGGAAACCAUCCAGUACUUCAGAGGGACUAGGAAGAACAAACAAACUUUUUCAAGGCCUGAUUCUCUGGUGACCUCGGGUUUGCACAGACCAGCACUGCCUCAUGGGGCAGGACCCAUGUUGUGGAGAGGAGUCAGGCCCUGGCAGUGUAUUGGCGGCCACUACCAGGCAGAGCUGUGUCCAUCAGGGAGAAAGCACCAGACUUCACAGCACCCUGGCCAUUACCAAUCCUGGUGCAUAGUCCAGGUGACCCAGUGGAAAAGACCUGGAGACACCCAUUUCCCCCUCCCAUGUCCACCAAGGCCUGUCCUGCCAGCAGCACCUAGGGUGGAGCAGACAGGCUGACUGGAGCCAUCCUGUAUCAUCGUCCAUCCACCCAUGUCUAUGUCCCUAUAUUCUCAGCUGGUACCAACUGACAUAAUUCCACCUGUUUCUGUUGAGCUGACACCAAGUGACUGUCUGCCUUGGUGUGCAUCCUUCAGAGCUGGCCUGACUACAUGCCCUCCUGGGAAGUAUUGCUGUGUGGCCAAGGUUGUCUGAGGAGAUGCACAAAGCAGAGGUGGCAGGAAGAGAGAAGAGCUUUCGUUGACCCACCUCUAGUCUUUUAUAUCUUCUUCACCAUGUAUUAGUCUCCAGUUCAAACAGACAUCAGUAUCUUCCCAUGUUGAGAUUGUAGCAGUCUUGGCAUAAUAAAUAUGAAUAGAAAUAA